UAACGACGGCAGGGCUAGCGCCCGGUGGGAUUCUCACAAGGUCAACUCCGUCACCUGCCACAUGAGCGAGGAAGUUUUAUUCUAGAACUGCUGUUCACCUUCUUUCCCGCACCACCUCGCCUGUCGAUCAUCAACAGCACAGCAACAAUGACCGAGGAAAAGGCAGCAUCUCCAGCCCCCGAGGCGGCCACCAAGGCUCAAUCACCGCCACCUGCCGCUGAUUCGUCACCAACCCCAGAACCAGCCCAGCCAGAGCCUGCCCAUAUUCAAGCUGACGAUGAGGAGCCUGAUGAGACUGAUGUGGACUCGUCGUGGGGAGAGGACGCCGUCUCCUCGACUGCUAGCAUCUCUAGUUCCAUCUUGGACUACAGAAAAGAGAACGGGCGCACUUAUCACGCCUAUAGAGACGGAAAAUACCUGAUCCCCAAUGAUGAACAAGAAAACGAGCGUCUUGAUUUUCAACACCAUCUUUGGUAUCUGACUCUCGAUGGUCGGUUGGGAUUCGCUCCUCCCGCUCAUCCUGAAGCCAAAUUUGCUGGUCGGGUUCUCGAUGUUGGCACUGGUACAGGUAUCUGGGCUAUUGAUUUUGGUGAUGAGCAUCCAGAUGCUCAUGUUAUCGGCGUCGACCUCUCACCGAUUCAACCGAGCUUCACACCUCCCAAUGUCCACUUUCAAAUCGACGAUCUGGAGGACGAAUGGACCUUCUCACAGCCAUUUGACUACAUUCACGUUCGCGCCAUGUCCGGUUCAAUCAAGAACUGGUCUGCAUUUCUUGAAAGAUGCAUCGAGUAUGAACCCACCCAAAAUCUUUCUCAAUUGCUUCUGACAUGCGAAAAUAGAAACUUGAAGCCUGGCGGUUGGCUCGAAGUUCAAGAACCGGGCAGACCCAUUGCCGACGAUGACACAUUCCCCCCUGACUGUGCUCUCGCCAAAGCUACCGCUCUUUUUGCGGAAGGUCUCGCAGCAGCAGGCUCGCCGCUUCUUGACGUCUUCACUCUCAAGGACUUGUUCAACGGAGCCGGCUUUGUCAGCUACGAUGAAAAGCGGGCUUAUUGGCCCAGCAACCCUUGGCCCAAAGACAAGAAGCUCAAGGAGAUUGCCAUGUGGUCCAACACAAACCUCUCCGCCGGCGUUGAGGGUUUCUUGAUGGCGGUGGCGACACGCUUCUUGGGCUGGAGUCUGCCAGAAGUCACUGUUCUUUCUGCUCAAGCAAGAGCUGAUCUCAACGACAGAAGAAUCCAUGCCUAUUGGCCAGUCAUCUCUGCAUUUGCGCAAAAGCCCGAGUGAAAAACACGAGGAUGUUGCUUGCUUUUUGAAUACCCAUUAUGUACCUAAAUGCUACCAUGUAUCUAACGUCU